AUGGCCUCUCGUGCUUGCGCUCAAGGUGGAGAAGAAAACGACACAUCCUGCUACUACGAUGUUUUGGUGAUAGGAAGGACCGGUCAGGGCAAGAGCACACUGGCCAACAAAUUUAUAGGCGUCGAUCCGGAAACGAGGUCACUACUGAAAGAACCUGAAACGGGGAAGGGGAUAAAGGACGUGAUAAGGAGGUGGGAUUGCAACGAAAACGACGAGCCAUACUUCGAAACGGCCAGCGGGAUCGAGUCCGUUACUCACCGAUGCAAAGUUCUAUCCAACGAAAUUGACAAGAAUCGACUCCUCGACACAGUGGGUUUCGCAGAUAGCGAGCUAACAGCGAAAUACGGCGUCGUUCAGGGCAAUAUUCAGAGCUUUCGCCGCAUCCUUCAAGUGCAGCGACAAUGUGAGCUUCGUUUCUCGCGCGUUGUCUAUUUCUUUCCCGUACGUGGCCCACCCAGGCGUGCAGAUGGUACUCUUCAGGAAGAAAUCAAAGUCAUGUACGAUUAUUUCGACACAAAAAUAUUCGAUAUUAUGGUCGUUGUUGCUACAAACGACGAGAAAUGCCAAGGUUCGGAGUUUACACAAGAAGACAUCGACAGGGCUGAAAAAGUGUUCAUUACAGCUUUCGAAAAGAUUUCCCAAAGCAGGCUCCCUAAGUGCCCUCCAGUCAUAUACCUACCACUAAAUACCACCCCCAAGGAAAUAUCGGAUAAAAUUGUUGGUGCACCAGUCAUUUCCGAUGCGGACACGCUUUGUUUUUCCCCAGAAUUCCCGAGAUAUCCACCACGUGUGGAGCUUAGCUUUGAAAAUCGCUGCACACGCUGUGCCGUCAAGAUAGUGUACCAAAGGUUACAUGAUGGUACUAAAAACCCGGUAAAAGUCAUCUACGGAAACGACAACGAAGAGCAGUACGACAACUCUGGUUGCCACCCACUCUUCAUUCCGAAACACUCAAAGUUUGUCAAAUUAGUUGGUGGCAUAGGCCACAUCCUGACGCUGGGAACAUUCAAGCUAGUGGAGUGGCUGUUGGACGGAAGCAUUAGGGUGUGGCCCAGUUUCUUUGACGGUCAAGAAAGUAAUGAUGUCACCGUUAAAGAAAAAGGGGUGGAAUUCAUAGAUGCUCAUUAUUUAGACCUGCUGCAAGUACUCAAAAUGACUGCCCGACUAUCUGGCCAGGUAGAAGUAAUGCCUAACAACACAAGCGAAGAUGAAGAUUUCAGCUACUUUGACAUUCUCGUGAUUGGAAAUACCGGAAUGGGGAAGAGCACGUUGGCCAACAAGCUGGUAGGAAUUGACCCAGACACAAAGGAACUGUUUGAAGCUGUUCCAAAGAGGGAGCGUGAGGCAAGUGCGAUAAAGAGGUGGGACGUUGAAGGAGAUGCAAAUCUCUAUUUCGAAACAGGCGACGGAACCGAUUCCGUGACAAAGGCGUGCAAAGUUCUCUCGAAUGAGAACACAAUGAAUCGUGUUCUCGAUGCACCAGGAUUCACGGAUGUGGACUUGGCUUAUUCCUACGGAGUAGCUAGGGGAAACAAGCAGUGCCUGCGAUGGGUCCUUCAAAACCAGAGGCAGCACGACCUUCGAUUUUCACGCGUCGUCUAUUUCAUGCCUCAGCGUGGAAUCCCGGAGCGAGUCCAGGGCACUUUCCAAGAGGAGAUCAAAGUCCUGCACGACUACUUUGGGGAAAAAAUCUUCGACAUCAUGGUAAUUGCUGUCACAAACCACAAGCGUGAGCAUUAUCAGGAGAUGGCGUUUACGGAAGAUGACCUUAGACAAACAAUGGAAGUUUUUUUUGCUGCGUUCAAGAGGAUAACUGGUGCCGUCCUUCCCAAGUGUCCACCGAUCAUCUACCUGCCUUUUGGUGAAGAGUAUCAGAGUGUAUUGAAUCGUAUCACAGGGGCGGAUGUCAUUUCCGACGCCGAAACGCUCGAUUUUUCGCCAGAGUUCCCAAUAAAUCGUGGCGAUACAGAUCAAGUUAAAGAGGGAAAUAAUAUGACGGAGUGCAAGAAGUGUGCCAUAUUGGUCAUCACGGAGAAGUCAACGGAUGGCGAAGAGAUGCCAGUUAGUGUUAGGCACGAUAAUGGCGAGGAAGAAGCCAGAGAAGAAGCCUACGAUUGCUCCAAGUGCCACCCGGCUUUCGUACAGAAGCACUCGCGAUGCGCUAAAUUUUUGGAGGGCUAG